AGACUUUACCAUGUGAACUGAUUCCAUUAAUGCUUGUGACAAUUGUGACAAAAGUGAGGUCGAGUUGGUUUAAAGCUUACUGAUAUAAGACAUGCAGCAAUACACACGAACUAGUUGCUUUGGAUUCUGGCUGAACAUCAGACUUCUUUCUUAUGGCACGAAAACGACCAACAUUUUCAAAGAUCUUUUUCGAGGAUUUACAUUAAAGCACCUUGCAGAAUCUUUUCUUGGUCGUGAAAUGAAAAAAGUUCAGUCGUGUGAUGAGUUGACAGAUCAACAAAAAAAGACACGUAUUGAGUGGAUUAUUGCAGAACUACAAGACAAUGAUAUUUUACCUUACAACUAUGUGUACGACAGAGAUCGCUUAGUAAUCGGUGACCAGGAGGAGAUAUCCUGGUUCCUUUGGAAUCUAGUAAAAUACGACAUUCGUGAAACGUGGGACAAGACAGGAAAGUACCAUGCCAACGAGUUUAUGAUAUUAAACGAGUCCUAUUCCUGGAUACCACAACCCAGACCAGAGAGUCCAGGCUACACUGAUGGUAACAACUACUCCUACAAACAAAUGCAAAAUCAGGAAAAGCAGCGAAAAUUGAAAGACAAGAAAAAGAAGAUGAAACCCGAAGAAUCAGUCAUUGAGGCGAUACAAAUAUAUAUCGAUCAUGAAGGUUCAAGUGGCAAACGAUCACCACCUCUCAACGAUAUUGAAGAUCUCUCCGACACAAGAAUACUCCUCAGAUUAAUAAACGCUCUCUUCCCCUCCACUUUUACACCUGAGGUCCUCCUUAACGACAGAUGGACAAUAAGACUAGCACUGGAUUUAGUGGGUGAGAUGAUGGGAGUCGACCACAAGGUGGACAGUGAGGACCUGGUCCACUGUGAUCUCAUGGCUAUCUGCGCUUUCUUUAUUGCCCUCCUCAUGAGAGGUCUUCAGUUCAAACAGGCACUUGCUGUCGUCAACCGAGUAGAUUCGCUGCAAGACAAGUUAGUUCUAAACACAAAAGCACUGGAAGAGUUACCCAACAUCGCACAGUCUCUUGACAUCAUCAGACAGAAGAAGGAGUACACACUGAAGAUAGAGGUUAUUGGAAAGGAGCUGUCAAAGUUGGAGGGCGUUCAUGAGGUCCCCAAAAUGAGGAGCUGGUCCAAGAAACUGUCAGUUCUUCAAGCACAGGUAAACGAGGAUAUAAGUACGAAGAUAAGGGACAGGUUUGAAGUAACGGACGUUCCUCGCUCCACGACUAUUAACAGUCUGGUAAAGUUCAUGUACAUCAACCUCAACCUUACUACAGGUGUCGCAUUCUACACAAGCAACUGCAAAGAGGUUGUGUCACCAGAACGGAAGUUAAUCCUGUAUGAUCUUAAAAAGAAAGAGUUCUUCGACGACUUCUCCGGAGCUGAGAACUGUAGCCAGUCAGUGAGACAGCUUCUUAAUAUUCCUUCACGGGAGAUUGUGGAGGUUAAGAGUGACCAGUACGAGGACAAAUUUAUAAUCUACUACGAGAGUCCGUCCAGAAACAAACUUCUCAAAGCAGGAUCCAAGCUUCUGUACCAGGUAUUUCCAGGAUCACCCACCCAGUGCGAGAGAGCCCUCUUCAAAGCAGUUAAAAGUGGAGAGUUGGACACUGUCGAGAAACUCAUUCGUUUCUACAAGUGUGAUCCUUCCUUCGUGAACGCUACUUAUCGUGAUACUGGCAACAGUUCACUGCAUUUUGCGGUGAAAGGAGCACACUUCAAGAUAGCACUGUUUUUGUUGGAAUCAGGUGCGGGUGUGAACAUGCAGAACAAGAUACUGCAGACACCUCUUUUCUUAGCGGUUGAAGCUUUAGACCGGCAAAUGUCAAGUUUACUAAUAGAAUGGGGAGCAGACAUCUACAUAAAGAACAUCAACAACAUAGACGUGGUCAAACUGUCACGUAACGACGCUCUUAAAGAGUUCCUCUUGAUAAAGUACGACCAGAUAAAAACGCUCCAAGCAGCUAUAGCUGCAGGAGAUGACGUGGCGCUUAUCACGGCAGUUACUAACCACCACCACAACCAGCGGCCCUUCGCCUCCCUGCGCAGUCGCAUGUUUAACGGGUUGACGCUGGUCCAUGUGGCGGCAAAGUUCGGUGCUAUUCCUGUGUUGGAGCUGCUACUUGAGCACAGGUUAGAGAUAGAUCUAAAGGACGAUAAAGGGAAGACAGCCCUACACUACGUACACGACCUCCAAACUGCGGGAAUGCUGCUAGAAGCGCGCGCGGACGUGACCUGCGCAGAUAGCGAGGGUAACACACCCCUUCACACGCUGUGUCUGGGUAAUAGUGUCCAGGGCGACGACCAGAUAAUUCAGCUCGAUGUUGGAGAGUUAUUCCUUGAGAAUGGAGCCUCAGUGCUGGCCAGGAACAACAAGGGGCUGCUUCCAGUUCACUGCUGUGCUAUUCAGGGAAGAGCAGACUACAUAAAGUUGAUACUGGGUGUUGGAGGAAGUGAGCUACGAGCAGAACUUGACAACGAGGAGCGAUCUGUCAUCUCCAUGUUGCGUCUCUCCACUGAAGCUGGACACUGGAAGUGCUCAGAAUGGCUCCUGAAAAACUCCUUCAGAUUCAAGGAGGGAGAAGGGGAGAAGAUUCUAGAGAACUUGUUAUCUCAGAAGAUAAGCCACACAAAUCCGCAGGAGACCGUUAACUUCCUGAUCGAUCUGGGAACUGAUCCGUGCUACAAGAAUCCUAAAACUGGAAAUCAGCCGUUACACUACGCAUCUAAAGAUCCUAAAUUUGCGGAAGUAUUGUGUUUGCUGAUGGAUAUGGGGGCGGAUAUAGAGGGUGAGAAUAGUGAGGGGGAGACGCCCCUUUUCUCUGCCGUCAAGAGCAACAACUUCCACGCGGCUCAGCUUAUCAUUGAGGCUGGUGCUAACAUCAAUCACAAGAAUAAGAUGUUACUUACCUCUUUCCAGUUGAUUGAGGACUACGAUGAGUGGAUAAACAGUGGCACACUCAGUGAAAACCACAAGAACCUGUUACGGGGCCUGUCUCUGGAACAAAACCAACAAACUAUCAAGUCCAUAAUGAGAGUGGUCCGGAGUAACGAGGCCCGACCUGUAACCUCUAAUAAACCUACCCCUUCCUCACAAAGACAGCGCACCAUGGUCAGCAUCAAGUGAGGGAGAUCUGUAGGUUAUAUAUAUAUAUGUAUGUGUAGUUUAGUCACGUGGUUUGAAAACGGUGUCACGCGUGAUUUCCUGGAGAUAUUGCGUGUUUUUCUUUUGAGAAGAUGCCUGAUUUUAGGUUUAUGGACUUUUUAUCCAUGAAAAAUCUUUGAGAGCUGUAUUUUAUUUUCGGAAUUUUUUCCCUCGAAAGAAUUAGUUCAAAUACAUAUUAUACAGCUAUGAGAUGAUCCAUAAUUCGCGUUUUUAGAUGACUGUAUAGAUAAUAGAUAUUUUAGAUUAAUUUCGUUUUAGUUUUAGGUCUGUUGUACAAGCUGAAUUUCACAAUAUUUACAUUUUACAAAAGCUUCUAUUUCACCGAUCUAUCACUGAUGAAUUUAAGAAUUUAGUAUUUAUUUUCAAGUGAGAUGAUUUGAAUUGUGAUUUAUCAUUAUAAUGUUAUUUGAAUUAUUCUGUUUCGUUGUAGUACAUG